CGUCGGGUCGUAGCCGUAUCUUGCUUCCACUGCUAUUUCUCAAGAAUCCACUUGAAAUUAUACUUAAAAUGAGUCAAACUGUUCUCACACGCCAAACCUCGAUUACUGCGGCCUUAUCCAAGGUGCAGGAUGCAUUCCAGAAGCCAGGGGAUCCAUUGCCGAUCCCUCUCCCGUCUUCCGAUGUCAACGAGCUCAAACUUAGUGGAGACUCCUUUACCCUAGAAUCGUUCACUACCGAGGAUGCCAUCGUGCUGGGGAACUUACUCCUCGCUCGCCUCAUGCCCUAUGCUAAAGAGCAACCGGCUAUCAUCUCUAUCGCUCACGCCAAUUCCCACAUCAUCUUCCAAAGUGCUACUGGCCCAGGCACAGUACUUGAGAACGAGAGCUGGGUGCGGCGUAAGAGAAACACUAUCAUGAGAUUCGGGCGCAGCUCAUGGUAUAUGAACUGUAUGUUCGAGGGCGACCAUGAGAAAUUCUAUUCACUGUUCGCUAUUGGGCCUGAGAAUAGGAGCGAGUAUGCAAUCGCCGGGGGCGGUGUCCCUAUUCGCGUCAAGGGUUUUGAAGGUGUUGUGGCCACAGUUAUUGUCAGUGGAUUAAAGCAGGAGGAGGACCAUGGAGUGAUUGUGGAUGUCAUCAAGGAGAACUGGAAAUAAUUCAACAUGAGAUGAUGAAUGCACAAUUUGUUGAUAUUUUAUCUCGAGUUUGCGAAACCGUCUCAAUAGAUACCUUCACAUCCAGAAAAUAUCA